UUUCGUGCGCGGAUGCUGUGGCGGCUUCGUGCGCAGGUCCUCAUCAUUGCAUGGGUUGUGCGUCCAACUGGAGGAAGCGAGGAUUCGCAAAUAUCAAAUAAAAUAAAAACAAAACUGAAAUAAAAACAAGCGGGCAUCGCUCUUCAGAUCGGUGGUAUCGACAAAUCAGGUGGCACCAUGGGCAAAGUGCAGGGAGGGAUGAAAUGCGUGAAAUAUCUGCUUUUCGUGUUCAACUUCAUCUUCUGGCUGGCGGGCCUGCUGGUGCUGGCGGUGGGACUGUGGCUCAGGCUCGACUCGGACACAGGGAAGCUGCUGACGGGCGACGCCGCCCCGUACACCUUCUACAUAGCUGUGUACAUCCUCCUUGGCGCAGGAGGUUUGAUGAUGGUCGUCGGGUUCUUCGGUUGUUUCGGGGCCGUGCGUGAGUCCCAGUGUCUUCUCGCGUCGUUCUUCGCCUGCCUCCUGAUUAUCUGUGGAGCAGAGAUCACUGCUGGUGUGUUUGGUUUCCUAAACAAGGAACAGAUCGCAGAGGAAGUGCAGAAGUUUUACAGUAGCUCCAUUGCUGACACCAGCGACGCCAACAGCACCGCGAUAGCACUACAGUACCACAAAACUCUGAACUGCUGUGGAGGUUCCACAUCGGACAUGGCUACUGCGUUGUGUGAAGAUGUCCCGGAGGAAACUCAGGACUGUCUGACUGCCAUAACAGAUUUCUUCAACGAAAAGCUGCACAUCAUCGGAUACAUAGGGAUCGGCAUUUCAGGAGUCAUGAUCAUAGGAAUGAUCUUCAGUAUGGUGCUGUGCUGUGCCAUCAGGAACAGCAGGGAGGUUAUAUAGCUGGUGAACCGUGCCCUCUCCUCCUCUACCAUCCGCCGACCGGACCACUACACGAGCCCUUCAUAAUCAACCCAUCCACACGGGAAGGGCGACACUAAAGUCACAUUUCAAUGUCAUUCCCCUGUAGUCUAGACUGACGUGGUGGUGGGGAGGUUCACUGAACAUCAAAGAGAGAGAACAAUAAAACCCCGACAGUCCCAGUCAUCCACGCACGGACCACAUUCACGCUGGACCAUUAACUCCGCAGCCUCUCCUCGAACUCCACCAGCACCAAAACACACACACACGCCGGCUUAUUUCUACGUUCCCUUAUCGUAACGCGCGCUCGGCUUUUAGCACGUCCCCGUGACAUUCCUCGCUUUUUAACACGUUUUCGUCAGGCCGCUGGUGCUCUGCAGAGGCGACUGUAGCUACAACGCAGCACGCGAAGCCUUCUUCGACGCAGGAAUGUUGUGACUGAGGAGUAUUGCUGUAAAUAUGUUUUAUACGUCUGCCCGUUAACGUUAUUUAUUCCGCGCCCUUCUCUUCGCCCCUUUUUUAGGCCUAAUACCGAUCCAGCUUCGUGUGCUUUAGCGUUUUGAGGACUAGCCUACCCUUUUUGCAGAGUAAAUUUCCGUCAUGUGCCUAUUUGAGUCACACAGUCGAGCCUCCAGCUAUGGGACUAUUUGCCUAUUGCUCCUGAUUUGAAUACAUUUACUGAAAGCGUGCUUCCUCCCUGCCACCACUCUCAAGUAUUUCUACCGUAAAGCACAAUAGAGGAAGUGUAGACGCGAUAUCAACCCAAAGGGUUAGGAAGGUCUUAUGAUGAACUGCCCCUUUGUAAAUCUCCCAAAUUCACCUGAAAGGUAAAUAACACGUCGUGCUGAGCUCUUCUGGAGCACGUUUGAACUGUAACAGUGAGCUAGUUUGCUUUUUCUUUCGUGUGUGUGCGUGUGAAUUUUUGUGGAUGUAAAUUUUAUUGGUGUGCCAAUAAGAUGUGAAUUAUAGAAUAAUAUAGAGUAUGUCACACUGUUAACCGUAAUAAAAAACAAUUGGGUGCUUUUAA